AUGGAUCAACUUUUGGAUGUCGAAACCUUGAAAAAAUUGUCACCUGAACAACAAGAACAAGUUAUUGCCGGCGUAAAACAACAAGCUGCUUUGGCAAACGCCCAAAACUUGGUGACUGUGAGUUUCAAUUUCGUUUAUCUUUUUGUAUAAUAUAAAAAUUAUUUAAUUGAAGGAUAUUUCUGAAAAAUGCACAAACAAAUGCAUAACAAGCCCAGGAAAUGCUCUUUCUUCGAAUGAGAAACAAUGCCUCCAAAGAUGUAUGGAUCGAUUCAUGGAAUCGUGGAAUUUGGUUUCCCAAACACUUCAAAAACGGUUAGUUACUGAGCUUUUUAUUUUUAUUUUUUGAAUUUUUACAUGCAUUGAUAGAUUAUUUUAAGACCUAUAAUAAGCAAUAGUUUACAAAAUUUACUUCAAAUGCUUUUGAAACUUUUUCGGAAGUCGUUGCGCUUGAAUUUUAAAAGCCACAUAUUUAGUAAGCUGAAAAUAUUAUCUAAAUAUCUGUUAAAUACAAUUUGAAACAACACAAUCUUCCAGUCUUCAAGAGGAGAUGAACACAGCUGGAAUGAGCCAAUUCGGCGGAAGUGGACCAUCAUUUUCCUAA